UGUAUAUUUAUAAAUCAAUUUUAAUGAAAUUUAUCAAAGUUGGUGUACAGGUUUGAUUAAUCACAGACAUUCAGUUAUUCGAGGGCAUCAAAACAGAUUACAAAAUCAAAACAUCUCAAUAUGAAUUUUGUGUUUUUUCUCUUUGUUCCGCUAUUCUUUGCGAGUUUAGCGAGAGAUGUUUUAGGCAAAUUUGUCAACGAAACAACAGUCGUACACAAACGUUCUACUAUCAGAACCCAAACAGACUUUCCUAUCCCCUACACACAUGAAAUCAGGUUUGAGACAGCGUUGUUCCCUGUUUUUACUAUUGAAGGAAGGCCGGACAAUAGAGCGACAAGGUUUACCAUUGAAAUGUGUGCAGAUCGUCCCUGCCUUGAGAUCAGAGCCUUCCAGUUCAGUGCACGAUUCGAUAAACGUCAAGUGGUCAGGUCUCACAAGUUAGGGAGAACAGGGGAUUGGUCACGUCAGGAAACAAACGGCCUCAUGCCUUUCACUCGAGGGAAAUCCUUCAAAAUAAAAAUAACUACCAACAGCGGAAAGUACAAAGUUUAUGUCGACGGUAACUUCUUCUGUGAUUACAAAUUUGCAGUUCCACUUCACACAAUUAAAUUUAUUAAAAUUGCAGACCAAGUCAACAUCAAUAAACUUACAGAGCAGAUCAUCAACCCCAUUCUGAGCGAUCAAAGAUUUGCAAAGCUCUCUACUACUAGGCCCCUCAAGGCAGGAGAUGUGAUUCACCAAGAUAUUGAAGUCCACCCUGACAUUUGGUCUACUUUUGAAAACUUCCAACUUAACUUGUAUGAAAGCACCAACGACCCGGAGGAGUCAAAGAGACAUGUUGUCUUCUUGUACAGAAAAGAUGGGACAUGCUAUUUGUCGUGUUCUAACGUAAAUAGAGAAUGCCCCAUGACCUUUCUAGACAUCAGAGAUAGCAUCUUCGCCCCCUUUACAUUUUCUUACGAAGUUUCAGGAUCAGUUGUCAAGGCCUACUUCAACCGUGAAUACAAGGGGGAGGUAGCUGUGAGCAGUGGUGCACAACUGGAUGUAAUGUACUUUAACGGGAGGUUUUCUGGCCACACUGUUGAGUUCGUCCCUUCUUUGUGAGUUUAAAAUGCAGUUGGGCACCCUCGCUAUAAAC